UCCGAGUAGCUCUGCUCAAUGCAUCAACGUAGGCAACAUGGCGGGAGCAACAACGUGCGUGUUUUUAGGCUUGAGCCUGGCUUUGUGUUUUGCUGUUGCUUUCUCGGCUGAUGAAGCAUGUAUGUCAUAUGCAGGAGGGCAUGUGUAUCCACAGGAAACCAGGCGCACAACAGGCCAUGCCACUCACUGGAGUCAAGUUGUCAUCUCGAAGCCAGCCCCAGACUGGAAUGGUACAGCUGUGAUCAAAGGAGAGUUUAAAGAUAUUAAGCUCUCAGACUAUAAGGGGAAAUACCUCGUCUUCUUCUUCUACCCACUGGACUUCACGUUCGUAUGUCCUACUGAGAUCAUCGCCUUCAGUGACCGGGUAGCUGAGUUCAGGAAGAUUAAAACAGAAGUGGUAGCAUGCUCGGUGGACUCUCAGUUCACUCACCUCGCCUGGAUCAACACUCCACGUGACCAGGGCGGUUUGGGUGCCAUCAACAUUCCCCUUCUCUCAGACAUCACACAUGACAUCUCUAAGGCUUAUGGCGUCUACCUGGAGGAUCUUGGUCACACGUUGAGAGGCCUGUUCAUCAUUGACAACAAGGGAGUCCUUCGCCAGAUCACCAUGAACGAUCUCCCCGUGGGCCGGUCUGUGGACGAGACCCUUCGGCUUGUUCAGGCCUUCCAAUACACGGACAAACAUGGGGAAGUGUGCCCCGCAGGCUGGAAACCAGGCAGUGAUACGAUCAUCCCAAAUCCGAAAGAGUCCCAGAAAUAUUUCAGUAAACAGAAGUCUUCUGAUGAGCUAUAAACAAUAUGUCUUUAGAUUUUAAUUUUAGUCUCUUUCUGUUCAUCUCAUUUUGUGUCACUGUUCAGGAGCUUGGGAAAGUAUGAGUGUAAUUUAUCAUGUCAUCUGUCUGUCACAAUAAAGACAAUCGAGAGGCCACGAGAAACACUUGUGUUUCCUGCAACUUCUUAUCCAUCAUCUUCGUGACCAUAGCUUCAGUGAAAUUUGUUAUUGAUAUCUUUUGGAAAAUAUUUCUUUGUUAUUUAUGUUUUAUAUGGAAUUUUAUCCAUCAGUAGUUGUAUGAAGUCAAGUUAGCGCCAGUUUAAGCAAUAUGUUGGCAGCAGAAACGUGUUGACAAAUAAUUUAUUCCAUGUACAUACAUUGUCUUUGUGAAGUCUGCUUAAGAUCAUGCUCUGUGGAUAUACUAUGCAACAUAUUGCAAUACUUUACCUUGCUGAAUAAAUUUUUGAAACUAGAAAGUCUGUCAGUUUGUAUGGUGAAUGGAAACACAAGUUGUUCAAGGUUUUUCAUGAUAAUAAA